AUGCCUUCAAUGCGUAAAAAAGUUUCAAGUUUCUUUAAACAGCUAUCAGUUAUUGGGCAUACGGAUUGUGAUCAAACAGAUUCAGGGGGGAGUUCAGGAUCAUUUAUUCACAGAUAUCUUAGUGGAACUGAUGGUAAAAGACAUGAGCCUACCAUACUAUACGGAAGAACUCCUCAUGAGCUUCCUCCUUUGGCUGUCGGUUAUGUAGCAACCAGUCAGCAAUCUAUAUUUGCAUCAAUGACUGGUCCAGAAGGAGGAUUAACUACAAUUAAUCCGAGUAAAAAACAUUUAAGCACCAGUGAUCCUGAUGUAGAUUACAUUGACAUCACAGAAGUAAUUCCUUCAUCCCCAGAAAAAAAAGUUAAAUGUCCAGUUGCUUCCACCAAUUGUGUAUUCAGUUCUGUAUCUGGUAGGUGGUUUAAUGUUCCCCAAUCGUUAUCAUUAACAUAUCCAAUUGAUAACUCUGAAAUAAACAUUAGAGCUGGUGGGCAGUUGUUUGCUUUUGGCAAAAGAUCUGUUUGCACCUCUGUAUCAGAUUUAUCCACAAAUGAAUCAUUGGCAAAAAAAUGUGACCUAUCUAAUAAAGAAAAUAAUGAAAAUGCCUUAAUUGAAAACAAGAAUAAAAAAAUUAAAAAUAGGAAAAAAUAUAAAAAAUAUCAGGAUUUAGUGAUUGAAAUUAAAAAUGAUUUUGAAGCAUAUUCAUCGCAUGAGAAUCUCAGUAAAUUGGAUGUAGAAAAAAAUUUAGCAAAAGAAGAAUUGUUAAAUGCAAUAGACAAAACAUUAAUAAGAUUCGGGUUAAAUGACAAUGAAAAAUAUGAGUCUGAUUUAAAUAUGAAUGAAGAUACGAAAACCAAUCCCGUGGAAAAUGCAAACACAAAUGAAAACGAUGAAAUAUUUAUUCCUACAAUCCAGAAUAUAAUUAACAACGGUUGUCAGAUUGAAAACAACAAAUUAGAAUUGAAUAAUCGGUCAAUUCCAUCUCACAAUGAAGAUAAUCAUAAUUCUGAAAUUGAAUUAUUUAGAGAAAAUGCGGAAGGGAAAAAGUUAACAUUUACCAAUUCGGAAAGUUUUGUUUUAUCGAAAAGCACAAACACAAAUAAUAAUUAUUCGUUAAAAAAAUCAAAAAGUGCUCCGAAUCCUUUUAAAAAUUCACAUCUUCAAAUGGAUUCUGCAAACGAUAAUAAAAUAAAACCUUUUGUAAAAUGGGAAGAUGUCGCUGGAAUUAUUGACUGGAAUCGUCCGCACAAUCGAGCUUAUGGAAUUGCAACGACUUUGUACGAGAAAAAUCCAAUCACCGAUCAAAAUGCUGGAAAUCCAAUCGCUGAUUGUUUUGCCAUCGUGGCAAGGGAAAAUUCGGGUAUAUUAGCAUUGGCCGACGGCGUGAAUUGGGGAGAAAAAUCUUGCCUCGCUGCCAGGUCCGCCAUUUACGGAUGUGUCGAAUAUUUGAAUAAAACCUUAUUCAAUCCGUAUUCAAAUACCAAAGUCACGAACACAACCGAGGUUUUUGUUGCGUUACUUCGAUCUUUUCACAUGGCACACUCUCUUAUUUUACAAACGGAGGGAAUGUUGACAACACUGACGGUAGCAGUCGUGUUACCACUCGCAUCGAACGGAAAAUACAUCACGUGCGUUUGUAACGUCGGUGACAGUUGGGCGUACGUUUACAGCGUCAAGUACGGAGUUCGAGAAAUAACGAAGGGAUCUCACGACAUUUAUUGCAUGAGAGAUAUGAGGGAUGCACUCGGAGCUCUCGGACCCGUCGAUGGUACCAAUCCGGAAUUAGGGAACCUCACGUGUUCCAUGACCGAAGUUGAAUCUGGAGAUAUCGUUUUCAUCACGAGCGAUGGCAUUUCAGACAAUUUCGAUCCCGUCGUUGGAAAAUUUGCUGUGAGUUUUACCCCCCACAACGUCCAGUGUGACAACCGUGUUUUGCCAUCAACGAAACCCGACAUAAUGACCCGUAAUCUUCCCGUGGUUCAAGCCGUUCAAAGACACGAACUCACGCUUCUACGUUUGGAGGAUCUUUUAAGGAACAAUGUUUCCGGGGAUGGACCCGUUUGCACGUUGGCCAGUGAUUUGUGCUCCAGAUUGUUGGAUUUUGCAAUCAGACUAACUUCGGCAAAGAGAAAAAUAUUAGAAGACGUCGAGUUGUAUUACACGGAAGAAAACGGGGCGGUCGUGGAAUUGUCGAAAACGGAACAACGAAUCAGACGGAAAAACACGUACGAAAAAUUAGUUUUAGUGCCUGGAAAAUUGGAUCACGCCAGCGUGGUCGCUUACAACGUGGGUCGAUACACGAAAGAUGAAAAUGAAAAAGAUGUUGGAUCGACGAAUCCGGAUGAUGAAAGUUCGUCGUUGGAAGCCUCGAGUUCGACGUGCGAACUCGAAUUUAAAAAUACGGAAAUGAAAGAUGGACAAACAACGGAAGAUGAUAUGAAGAAGAGUAAUGAAAAUGGUGGAAAUAAAAGACUUUCGAUAUACGAUAAUAAUAAUGAUGAUGAUGAUGAUGUUGAUGAUGAAUCCGAAGGAAAAAUGAAUGAUUUAUUCGAAACCGUAAUGUGA